GAUGUAAAUUAAAGUGUGUGUGUGUGUGUGUGUGUGUCAGGUAAUGGAGGCCAACCUGAAUGGAGAGAUGAACCUGAAGAUCGAGACAGAUCUGGUUUCUGUCACCACUCACUUCAAAGACCUGGGAAACCCUCCGUGGGGUGAAGACGCCUCCCAGGAUGGCGGCCCGUCUCAGAGCAGGGACCCAGAGGCCAUGGCCCAGGCCCGGGUGGACAUCAGGAAGCUGCAGCAGUUCCUCAUGGGACAGCAGGUCAACCCCAGCAAGGCCAUGUGCAAUAUCGUCCACGAGAGGGUCGUCCACCUGAUUCUGCUGCAUGAAGACGUGUCGCUGCAGUAUUUUAUCCCCGCUGUGGCGUAGACGCUCUGCAGACCACACAAGUUACUUCUGCUCGUUGAGUUUGGGGGAAUGAAAAAUGGGCUGUGGACCUGUUUCGGCUGUUUCCCCCAUCGGCGAGGAUUCUUCUUUCGCGUUGAACCCACGAGACAAACUCACCAUGUCUGGGAGUCUGCCCUACAUUUGAAUGAGACUGAGGUUGGUUCCAGUCCUCACAGUGGACCUCAGGAAGACUUUACCCACUGAGCUUUGGUGGUAGUAAGGACAUGCUGGUAAAUGUACAUUCACCAAGGAGGAAGGUGAAAACAAGUGUCAUUGGACAGAAAACAGAGUUGCACAUUAAUUGUUUGAGAACACGUUCAGAUUGUUUUGUGUUUUGCAUUAAACGUGUUGUGGCAUUUA